AUGAGUCGUACUCUUUCCCGUGUACCGGAUGAUCAAACGAAACUCAAGAAGAAAUUAAAUGAACUCAUGAAACUAGAAGGGAAUAAAUUGUGUGCUGAUUGUGGCUGUCGUGGUCCACGUUGGGCUUCGAUUAAUCUCGGCGUGUUCAUUUGUAUUGCGUGUUCAGGAAUUCAUCGGAGUUUGGGCGUUCAUUUGACAUUUGUUCGUAGUGUGAAUUUGGACUCGUGGACAUUGGAACAAGUACAACAGAUGCAACGAUGGGGUAAUACACGAGCUAAAGGCUAUUACGAAGCAAACAUUCCGUCGGAUUAUCCGAUUCCAAAGGAACAUUCAUCGGUACGGGAUAAGGAAAUGUGGAUUCGAGACAAAUAUGAACGGAAACGUUUUGUAGGAACGAUAAGGAAUGAGAGAGAAGAAGAAGAAGAAGCAGAAGAAGCAGAGGAAGAACGUGGAGGACGUCGGAAGAAACAAUUGAGCGAGGAUGAGGAGGAGGAGGAGGAAGAGACACGAGACAUGAAUGAACGACGUCGCGAGAAACGUCUAGACAAAAGUCGAGCACGUCGUAGCUCACGCACAAAUUCUCGAGAGUCUACUCCACCCGUCGUGACUGCAACUGCUGAUAUUGUAUCCUUUGAUGUAUUCAGUGAUGCCGUUCCAGCCACGAAACCUGUGGCACCACCUGUGGCACCACCUGUUGCAGUGUCAGCACCAACGACGCAGUCGAAACAGGACGACUGGGCCUCAUUUGGAGGAUCCACCACUACACAGUCGGAAUGUGAAAAUGCGUUUGCUUGGCAAGCUCCACCACCACCGACAGAUCAGCAUGUGAAAAAAAUGGCCAACAUCAUGGCGAGUUUUGGCAGCUCCAUGCAGCAACAGCCUCAACAACAACAACAGAACGUCUUUACUCCUCAACAACAACAACACAUCGCCUUUACUCCCCAACAAGGAAUGACGUCACUAGCUCCGAUGAUGGGGUCACAGAUGCCUAUGAUGCAGCCUCGACCAAUGGGAAUGAGUAUGCCUAUGAGUAUGCCUAUGAGUAUGCCUAUGAGUAUGCCUAUGAGUAUGCCUAUGGGCGGACAGGGUAUGGGCGGACAGGGAUUCAUGAACCCUAUGAUGGGACAACUUCCCAAUAUGAUGAUGGGAUAUCCCAUGCAGAACCAAAUACUCGGUGCGCCGCAGCAGAACGGCAUGAUGAUGGGUGCUGCUGGUCCGAUGGGAUUCCAGGGUCAACCGAUGAGAAUGAAUCCGAUGGGCAUGCAGAUGAAUCAUGGAGGCUUUCAGCCGCAGCAGCAGCAACAACAACAACAACAACAACGGCAACAACAACAACAGCCACAACAGCCACAGGCGCAAGUAGGCGGACUGAGUCAGCCGUUUGUCAACUUUGGCUAG